AUGGUGUCAGCUCCCAAAGCUAAGUUCUUCGGCAAUUCUUCUCGAAGCGGCAACUGGCGCAGCCCGCCUUCUGGAAAAUCCACAGAAGUGUCCAGACAAACGCCCCCGGCUCGGGAACCAGGCCGAAAUCAAACUGACCUGAUUCAGACUUUGGAGUUCCAGCUGACCUGCGGAACGCGAAAUCAAGCGCAGAUCUCCGCCGCAUUCUCCCCUGACCCUCCACUCCCACUCCCGCGGGUAUCCCUCGUCAAGAAGAGGAACAACGACAAACACCCAGGCUUUAUCUUCCCCUGUGGCUAA